AUGCAAAAUCGAAUCAAAGCACAACGUGGAUCAGAUGUGAAAGACUUCCCGGGCGACCCGGGCCUAUGUUUAUACAACAAAGAAGUUCUGAACGUUUGUUGCGGCACGUGUAAUCUAUCUAUCUAUCUAUCCAAGUCUUUUCAUUAUCUAUCUAUCUAUCUAUCUAUCUAUCCAAAUCUUUUCAUUAUCUAUCUAUCUGUCACAGUCUUUUCAUUAUCUAUCUAUCUAUCUAUCUAUGUAUCUAUCUAUCUAUCUCAGUCUUUCCAUUAUCUAUCUAUCUAUCUAUCUAUCUAUCUAUCUAUCUAUCUAUCUAUCUAUCUAUCAUCUUAUCUGAACGUUUGUCACGGCACGUUUAAUCUAUCUAUCUAUCUAUCUAUCUAUCUAUCUAUCUAUCCAAGUCUUUUCAUUAUCUGUCUAUCUAUCUAUCUAUCCAAAUCUUUUCAUUAUCUAUCCAUCUAUCUAUCUAUCUAUCUAUCUAUCCAAGUCUUUUCAUUAUCUAUCUAUCUAUCUAUCUAUCUAUCUAUCUAUCUAUCUAUCUAUCUAUCCAAAUCUUUUCAUUAUCUAUCUAUCUAUCUAUCUAUCUAUCUAUCUAUCUAUCUAUCUAUCCAAGUCUUUUCAUUAUCUAUCUAUCCAAAUCUUUUCAUAAUCUAUCUAUCUAUCUAUCUAUCUAUCUAUCCAAGUCUUUUCAUUAUCUAUCUAUCUAUCCAAAUCUUUUCAUAA